GCCCCGAGCAUUGUUCAGUUAAAACACACUCACAAUCAUGUUCAAGUCCGUCCUCCUCAUCUGCUCCCAAGCUCUCUUCAUCCAGAGCAUCUCCGCCCAGUGCCUCGGAGCUUACCCAGCUCUGGCCGCCGCCCCCUGCGCCGCCGCCGCCCCACUAGCCGCCGCUCCCUGCGGUGCUGGCUACGCUGGAUUUGGAUACGCCGCCCCCGCUCAAGCCCUCGCCGCCUCCAACGGCCCCGGCCUCGCCAUCUCCAGCGCCUCCCCCAUCUCCCCGGUCGGCGUGUCCGUAGCCUCCGAGAACGCCAUCGAGGGCGCCCUCGCCGUCGCCGGAGCUCUGCCGUUCCUGGGCACCGUCGGUCUCGAGGGAGUGCUGCCCACCGCCGGCGCCGGUGACGUGGCCUACAACUGCGGUAGCGGCGCCGUGGCCAUCACCGCAGAGGAUGUGGCUGCUGCUCCACUAGGCUUUGCCGCUGCCGGUCCUCUGGGUUUGGCAGGUGGUCCGCUCGGUCUGGCCGCCGCCCCCUACACCGGCGCGUAUGGCUACGGACCCAUCGGCGGUUGUGGAUGCGGCGGUGUCUUAUAAGGAGAUACAUCGAUACCAAUUAAUAUAACAUACUGUUUUCCCUAA